UCAAAGCACACGGGCCAAGACACGGCACACAGACUGCUGCAGCCAUGAAUCUGGAGUUUAUUUAACCACAGGAGCACACACAGAUGAAAAGAACAAUGCCCUUUCUGCUCAGCCUUGUACCCCGUGUCAUUGUUGGUCUUUUGUUUAUAUACUACUUCCUUCCCUUCACCACAGCCAAGGAUUCUCCAGUGCGUUGUCAAGAAACUUGUCGCAGAAACUCGUGUCAUGAACACUGCGUUCAAUCUCAAGAUGGAGUCCAUGGAUUGAAUUGCUAUGGUUACAUUUCAAAUAUUAAUUUGAAAAUUAAUUGGAUAUGUGUUUGGGAAUCUGGAAAACAAGCUUCAAGCCAGUACACACUCUACAUUCUACAAAAGAAAACACGUUGCACAAUGUUUGCUAACAUAUCUAUAAUGUCUCAAAUACUGACACCCAAUGAUUUGUUUGAGAAAUUGAACAUGACAGUCCAUGUUGUCGAGAAAAAUGAUGUGGGGAACUGCACCAAGGAUGUUUUCACAGGCGUCCCACAAGAUUCGGUUCAUUGUGGUCCCCCAACUAAGGUCCACUUCAAUCGUCAUUCUAGACAGCUGGAAGUGAAUGUUUCCUGGCAACUGACGAAAAUCAAUCAGUACAGUGUGAGGUACUGGACACACGGGAACCCAACCAAAGAAACGCCUACAGUACAGUCCAGGGAUUUGAAGACGUGCAUUGUCAAUAAUCUUAACGCCUCGCUGCCCUAUGAGAUACAGAUUCAGUGUGUUCCCAGUAAAAAAGGAUUAUGCAGACAGUGUUUGUGGAGUGACAUUUUCCGAGUCUCACCAGAACUUACUGUUAAGCCUUUCAUCGAGGAGAUAAAAGAGAUUCCUCAGCCCGAAGGAACACGAAUUAUUGUUAUAAAAUGGAAGUUUGCCGAGGCAGAGUUAGCAGAGGGCUACCACGUGACCGUGGAGAAACUCUCUGGAGAGACUCCCAGAAAGACGUUCAACUCCACCAGACCGGAGAUUAACCUGGUCCUCUCCCACUCGGCAUAUCUCCUCAAUAUCUCUGCCUUCCACAGCGCUGCCACUUCUCCUGCAUUAGAGUGGACAAUCGCUCCAUUAGUAGACAAAGACCUACCUCCCGAGAGGCUGAAUGUCACAUUCAGUGGCAACUCCUCCUUCAUAAUCUCCUGGCAACAUGAUUUGGUGAAAACAUACAGCUGCUUUUGUGUGGAGUGGUGGCGGAAAGGAGAGAAACCAGCUCACAAGUCUUUCUAUGAAAAGGAGAACCACUAUGAAAUUAUAACCUUGGAGGAACCUCUGCAGCCCUACGAGAGAUACACGUUCACCCUCCACACACGGCCAGACAAGGACACGUGUAACCUGAAGAAGAUCAACAACAGUGAGACCACCUAUGGGAGCAUCCAUGCCUACAUCACCGAAGGACGACCCAGCAGUGCCCCGGGGAACAUCGGCAGUCGCAAUGAGACCCAGACCUCUGUGAUGAUCGUGUGGGACCACGUCUCUGAAGAGGACAGCAUGGGGUUCCUGCUGGGUUAUCACCUUCACUACAGCGAGGAUGAAGCAGCACACACGGAGACCAACGUCACAGUGGGCCCAGGAUCAAACAUCUAUAAGCUCGAGGAUCUUAAAAGCAGUCAACAGUACCAAGUCCAAAUGUCGGCGUUCACCAGGGCAGGGGUUGGAGUUCGCAGUUCAGCUGUGUACUUUGCAACAAAGCAAAGACAAGAUUUCAUGACUACGGGUGUGAUCCUGACAGCGCUGGUUGGCCUAAUCGUUGUGUCGAUGUUUGGGUGUCAUUUCUCACCACUGUUAAUAAAAAGAGCAAAGAGUGUGUGUUGGCCUAUGAUACCUAAUCCCAGCAACAGCUACGCCAUCCAGGACAUAAAGGGAGUCUGUGAGUUGGAACUCCUGGAACCAAUAAAACCCCAGAAAGUGGAAGCAGAGGGAGAUUCCAGCAGUCUACACCUCAUUGAGAAAGUGGCUGAAAAGUCUAAUAUUAGCAACUUGAACCGUGGUAUUGACUCAAAUCUGCCCUGCGACGGAGAACCUGAGCACAUCAAUAACAAGACUCCUCAGUGUGAAUCAGCCUGCGAGGGCCUCUCAGCAGAUCUCAGCUGUGGGGGAGUGUGUCAGAGACACUUCCUCUCCACAACUACUGAGAGAAAAGAUAAAGAUCUGACUUCUGUCUGUGCGACACCUUCCUCUAUGAACAUGCAGCACUCAGAUCCCAUAAGCCACCAAGCGGUCUUCAUGAGUGACUACACAACCAUGGAGCUGUUUCAGAUGGCCAUGCCUCUGGACUCUCGCCCUUCCACUGCCUCAGCUGACACCCAGGAACAGAGACUAACCGGUGACAAGGAUUUGACUUCACUGAGACCGGAGUUGGAUUACGUGCGGCAGUCGCUGUGCAAUGCCCUCUUUCUGUCCCAAGGGGGCCCCCUUCCACCUCAGAACACAGAGCACUACAACACUGUUCUAUGAGAAUGUUUGGAAUUUUGUGAAGUACAAGGUUGACACGUUACUUACAUACUGCAUAUCGGUAGUUAUAGCGUGUAUAUAUAUAUAUUUAUAUAUCUUCAUUUGCAUAAUCCUUGGUCCUUGUAGCACGACUUGGAAAUGAAUCUGUGCCAAUGCGACAACUCGAAACCAAGGGGUCAGAUGGCUGAGUGGUUAGGGAGUCAGGCUAUUAAUCAGAAAGUUGUUGGUUCGAUUCCUGGCUGUGCCAAAGAAAGUUGUGUCCUUGGGCAAGGCACUUCACCCUACUUGCCUCGGGGGAAUGUCCCUGUAUGUACUGUAAGUCGCUCUGGAUAAGAGAGUCUGCUAAAUGACAAAAUGUAAACCAGGCAAAGCCUUUCUUUAGCAGAGACACGGGCAGUGUCUUCCACAAUUGAUACAUAAAUAAAAUCCGAUAUCGCAUUAACAAAUACUUUGAAGCAAAUAUUCUUUAUUUGAUAACUUUUCUGCAAAGAUUUAUGUGAUAUACAUGUUUUUGUCAAAUGUACAAAUACGGUCUAUGUGGACCACACACACAUGCAACCAAGAUGGCCAAAGCAGCACGACCAAAACCAC